AGAGACACAUCUCCAUCCAGACCAAACUGGAGGGACUGGAGAUGCUGGUCGACCUGAACGACGCUGGGCGGAAGUCGUGUCCUCUGUGUCCCGAGGAGAAGUUUAAAGCUUCUUACAGCCACAAACUGCGCCGGCACCUGCAGAACCUCCACUGGAAGGUUUACGUGGAGUUUGAGGGCCACAAGAUGUGCAUCUGCCACCUGCCCUGCAGAAACCUGAAGCCCAGCCUCAGUGGAGACCAGGCGUCGGGGAGACACAUGGCUCACUACCACUGCGUGGUGUGUUCAGUCAUGAUCGCUCGAAAGGCCGACAUGGUCAACCACCUGAAACGCCACGUCAACAAGGGCGAGACCAAGGCCAGCUACUCCGGGAGCUCCGACGUCCCGUUUGAAGAGCCGACGCCGUCGGGUCAGACCUACGAGAUCAUGAAAGAACUCGGAACCAACGUCCAGCUCCUCCCCAACCACACCACCCCGCAGAAGAGCGACACCUACUUCAACCGCAAGAUGAAGACCAACAGGCAGCUGGUGUUUUGUUCGCUCGCUGUUCUCGCCGAGGAACGAAACCCGCUCGAGUGUUUGGAUGCUUUCGGAGCUACAGGCAUCAUGGGCCUCCAGUGGGCCAAACACCUCCGUGACAGCGUCAGAGUGACCAUAACGGACAUCAGUGACACCUGCGUGACGAUGAUCAAAGAGAACUGUGAGCUGAACAACAUCCAGGUGGAUGAAGGCCAGCAAGGCCCCGGGAGCCCCCACAGAGUUGGCAGUGAGGCUGAGGCGGCUCCCAUCGCCACUGUGGAGGUUGUCACGAUGGACGCCAACGUCAUCAUGCACCUGCGGCCGUUCGACUACAUCCACCUGGAUCCAUUCGGCACAGCUGUGAACUACCUGGACGCCGCCUUCAGGAACGUCCGUAACCUCGGCAUCAUCUCGGUGACGUCCACAGACACGAGUUCUCUCUACGCCAAGACGCCCAACGUCACCUUGCGCCACUACGGCUGCAGCAUCGUUCGCACCGAGUACUACAAAGAGCUGGCUGCGCGGAUGGUCUUGGCGUCUGUGGCCAGAGCAGCAGCGCGCUGCAACAAAGGCGUCGAGGUGCUGCUGGCCGUGGCGUUGGAGCAUUUCGUGCUGGUGGUGGUGAGAGUCCUCAGAGGUCCGACUCAAGCCGACGAGUCGGCCAAGAAGUUCCGUAAACUGGUCCACUGUCAGUGGUGCGAGGAGAGGGUCUUCCACAAACUGGGGAACCUGGUGGACGACACGUUGCCCUGUAACUGCCAUGGAAGUCUGCCUGGAAAGACCGCCGUGCAGCUGGGACCUCUGUGGUGCGGUCCUCUGUUUAACACCGGCUUUCUGAGGAGGAUGCUCUCUGCAGCCAUGCAGCACAGCAUGGACGACAUCCAGCCGCUCGUCAAGCUCCUGAUCUGCGAGUCCGAGUGCACCACCCUCAAGUCCCUGGUCCACGGGUCGUCGUCUCUCACCAACCAGGUGGAGUGUGGAGUCGUCAUUAAGACGUUGCAGAGCAGAGAGGAGGCGGGUCCGGCUGAUAACUUCGGGAAAAGAAAGAGCGGGGAGGAUUCUGGGAACGUUGUGAAGAAGCUGAAGCCUGAUGCGUCUCUGGAACACCCGCCGUUCUACUACAGCAUCCACCGGCACAGCAUCAGAGGCAUGAACAUGCCCAAGCUGAACAAGUUCCUCCAGUACCUGAUGGAGGCCGGCUUCAGGGUGAGCCGGACCCACUUCGACCCGACGGGGGUUCGAACCGACGCCACGCUGCAGCAGUUUAAAUCUGUCCUCGCCAAGUACAGCGUCCCCAACUACCCCACGGCCACGCAGACCUCCGAGACACCGCUCUGAGGCGGGGAGGGCGGGAAACCCGGCAGCUUCACUCCAGAACCUCUGCCUGCACUGAUGGAGCCCGAUUGAAGCACACAGAACCACUGACUCUGCAGCCGCACACGCCGUCUGAUUUCAGCUAUUUAUUUCUUCGAGAACCGCUUCCUAAACAUUUAGCUUCUGAUCCUUUUUCAGUUUUUGUCUUAUU